AUGUGGUUUAAAUCAAUACUUGUACUGUGCAUAGUAUUACCCAGUUAUGGGAACCAAGAUACAUGUCAAACUCAUGACAAAAUCGUAAAAGCUGGAUAUACAGCUGAAAGAUAUGACGUGGUGACAGAAGAUGGCUACAUUCUGGAGGUGAACAGAAUUCCUCGCGGCAAAGGCUCGUCCUGGUCGUCGAAACGACCCGUGGUUUUCAUGAUGCACGGUCUCACUGGUUGCUCUAACUCCUACGUGGAAUUGGGAUCACAGUACGCUAUGGGUUUCAACUUAGCUGAUUCCGGAUUUGACGUAUGGUUGGGAAACGCUAGAGGAGUGGGUAACUCGCGUCGACACAAAUCUCUAAAUCCUGACAAUAAUCGCCAGAAGUCUAAAUUCUUCGAUUUUUCUUGGGAAGAAAUUGCUCUGUACGACCUACCAGCUAUGAUAGAGUUUGCCCUUAAGACAGCUGGUCAAGACAAACUUCACUACGUUGGUCAUUCUCAGGGUGGAACUGUGUUCUUAGUACUGAAUUCUAUGAAACCGGAAUACAACAAAAAGUUCAUCUCAGCCCAUCUUUUGGCGGGUGUUGGAUACCAAAAGAACUUCCCAAACAGCCUGUUGAAGACUGCAGCGAGGUUCACGACUACCAUUCAUAAUCUAGCUAAAACUAGUGGGAUAUAUGAAAUAAUGGGCCCUGACUGGAACUCUAAAAAUGCAAUUGCUAAAAGUGGCUGUGCUAAUGGUGCAUGCUCCAGAUCAUCAGAAGUAGAGGAUAUUAUUGAAGAGAUAGUAAACGGCGCUGACCUGGUGGCUGGUUCAUCUGUGAAGCAGUUCGCUCACUUCGGUCAAAACAUAAACGACAGAGUUUUCAGGAGAUUUUACUAUACUCCCUCUAUCAACCUUUUAAAGUAUGGGUCCUUAAGCCCGCCCGAAUACAACCUCAAGAAAGUGAACGUCGACAUCACCAUGCAUUACGCUCUUGGAGAUGAUAUACUUGAUGAGAGAGAUGUUUUAUCCAUGGUUGCGGAUUUGCCAAGAGCCAAAGCACGGAAGGUUGCGAAGGAUACCUUCAGCCAUGUGGACUUUGUCGCUUCUUCCUUAGUAAAACAAUUGGUGACUGAUUACAUUAUAGAUGAUUUGAAGAGGCGCUAA